AUUAAUCACGCACUCUCUCUCUUGCUCUUCUCUUUCUCUCUCUGCUUUACUGCCUUUGCUACUGUUAUCCCCUUCUUCAAUUUCCUCUUGAAAAACACUUUUGGUAGCAGAGGCAGAACAGAACCCAUUGGGUUGGCACAGGUUGUUAAGAGAGAGAAGAGAAAUCACAGGCAUUUUCAUUCAGAAAUUUCUACUUGAAAAAGAAGAGAGAGUUCUGAGUUGUAACUUCCCUUUUCUGUUCUGGUUUUCCAUAUUUUCAUGGAUUUUGUGUUAACUGCUUCCCAAUUACAGAUUUAAACCCGCUUCCCAUUCACAUUUACUCAUCUUUGUUUUCUUCUUGAAAAUCCCAUUUAAGAACUCGUCGAUCUGUUGGGAUUUUCUCCUUCAUUUCCUGUCUCUGUAAUUCGCCGCUCUGUUUCAGAGAGAGGCUAUGGCUGAAACUACACAAAUUCUGUUACCAGAGUCAUUUCAAGGUGGAAGAGGCGAUUUCACUGAGCAAAUUUGGCUGAUAUGGGAGCUAAUCAAAGCGCCAUUGAUAGUUCCUAUACUGAGAUUAAUGGUUUAUAUCUCAUUGGCAAUGUCUCUGAUGCUUUUCUUUGAAAGGCUUUAUAUGGGAGUUGUUAUCAUUCUGGUUAAACUCUUUUGGAAGAAACCUGAAAAACGAUACAAAUAUGAGCCCAUUCAGGAUGAUUUGGAAUUGGGAAGCACAAAUUUCCCCCAUGUUCUUAUUCAAAUCCCAAUGUUUAACGAAAGAGAGGUUUACAAGGUCUCCAUUGGAGCUGCUUGUGGACUAUCAUGGCCGGCCGAUCGUCUUGUCAUCCAAGUUCUUGACGAUUCAACCGACCCUGUCAUUAAGCAAAUGGUGGAACAAGAAUGCUUAAGAUGGGCGAGUAAAGGGAUUAACAUAACGUAUCAAAUCAGAGAAACCAGAGGAGGUUACAAAGCCGGAGCUCUGAAAGAAGGGCUUAAACGGAGCUAUGUUAAACACUGUGAAUAUGUCGCCAUUUUCGACGCCGAUUUUCGACCGGAACCGGAUUAUCUCCGUCGUGCCAUUCCGUUCUUGGUCCAUAACCCCGAUAUUGCCCUCGUUCAAGCUCGCUGGAGAUUCGUGAAUGCAGAUGAGUGCCUGUUGACAAGAAUGCAAGAGAUGUCUUUGGAUUACCAUUUUACUGUGGAGCAAGAAGUUGGUUCUGCUACCCAUGCCUUCUUUGGCUUCAAUGGAACUGCUGGUGUAUGGAGAAUUGCUGCCAUUAAUGAGGCAGGUGGAUGGAAAGACAGGACCACAGUGGAAGACAUGGACCUUGCGGUUCGAGCUAGUCUUAGAGGCUGGAAAUUUGUCUACUUAGGUGAUCUGCAGGUAAAAAGUGAGCUUCCUAGUACUUUCAAAGCCUUCCGUUUCCAACAGCAUCGUUGGUCUUGUGGCCCUGCCAAUCUUUUCCGCAAAAUGGUCAUGGAAAUUGUCAGAAACAAGAAAGUUAAAUUCUGGAAGAAAGUUUAUGUGAUUUACAGUUUCUUCUUCGUGAGGAAGAUCAUAGCCCAUAUGGUCACUUUCUUCUUUUACUGUGUUGUUCUUCCUCUUACCAUUUUGGUUCCUGAAGUCUAUGUACCAAUAUGGGGAGCUGUUUAUAUUCCUUCAAUUAUUACCAUUUUGAACUCGGUGGGAACUCCAAGGUCAAUUCACCUUCUGUUCUACUGGAUCCUUUUCGAAAAUGUCAUGUCGUUGCACCGUACGAAAGCAACCCUGAUCGGUUUAUUGGAAGCCGGCCGAGCCAACGAAUGGGUUGUCACUGAAAAACUUGGAGAUACUCUCAAAAACAAGGCAGCUGCUGAUAAGAACAAAGCAGGUGGCAAAAUACCUAAAAUAAGGUUGAGGUGCAAGUUUGGAGACAGAAUCAACACAUUGGAACUGGGAUUUGCAGCAUUCUUGUUCUUGUGUGGUUGCUAUGACUUUGUUCAUGGGAAGAACAAUUACUUUGUGUAUCUUUUUCUUCAGACAUUCAGCUUUCUGAUCACUGGAAUUGGAUAUGUUGGCACCAUCAUCCCAAGCUCUUGAAAAGUGAAGACCACUUCUAUUUAUUUGAUCCCUUUUUUGGCUACAAAAGUUUAUAUAUAUAUAUAUAUAUUAUAUAUAUAUAAAUAUAUGAAAAAAAGAAAAAAGAAAAAAAAAAAAAAAGAGUAUGUGGGGUUCUGAGUUAUUUUAAGAUGCAACUAAUAAUUAGUAAAGUUGAUAAUGUUCUACAGAAGAGGAGUAGCCUGCCUAACUUAGAAGAAAGGGGUUUUCAGAUAAAGGUCUGAGAGGCAUCAGAAAUUGCAAGAAAAGCCAGCUACUUUGAAAAAUUACAGUCAUUCCCAAACAAGAACAGAGAGGUUAGGAUUUGAAGAGGAAAAAGAUGAAUUGCUUAUGCGUAUUUUCGUCAUUUAGAUUGUUUUUCUUUUUCUUUUUUUAAAUUGUGAAAUACUUUUUGUCAUUUUAUGGGGUUGAUCCAUAUGUUACUUUUUUAUUUUUUUUCCUUAGCUUUGUGGGGGAAUAAAGCACAUGAAUUAAAGGGUGAACUUGUAAUAACACUUGUUUACCAUUUCAAGUUUUUUUUCCUUUUUCUUUUUUCUUUUUCAGGAAGAAUGGUUAGGGCAUUGCAUUUUCUUGGGAGAAAAUCAAUUUUCUUUUUAAUUUUUAAUUUUUUUUCUAUUGAUUGUUAGCUUUAUGUAAGAGUAUCAUGUUUGGAAGUUGGAUAGUUUUUAUUUAUGGUAAAAUUAUAUUUCCACCA